UUAUUCGUUUAUCGUGACGUCAGUAAUAAAUGGCCGGUUAAAUGACUGAUUAGCUAACAAUACUAAUCAUUGUUAUUUGAAUUAAAUAUAAUGAGUAGUACACAAAGGGGCCAUAGCUUUGCUUUUUGAAGAAACAUACAGAAUGAUAUUAGGAAAAGCUCAGUUUGGGGUUUCUACAUUUUUUGCGUCGAGUCACUCGAAUGACAAAUGUGGAGCCAAUGGUCUUCCGCUGACUCCAAACUCCAUCAAGAUUGUUGGCAGAUUUCAGUAUUUAAAGACACUCAAUCAUCCAAAUGUAUGCAAGUACCUGGACUGCGUAAGAGGCAAACAUGAAAGACUUAUGUUGGUACAAGAACACUACACAAAUAACUUGGAGAUCGCAAGAAAGACUGGAAAAUAUCAAAGGGAGGAAAGUUUAUUAUGUCUUGGGUUUGAAGUUCUACAAGGUCUGUCUUACCUGAACCGCCAUGGGGUCACACACAGAAACCUGUCUUAUCAAAACAUCCUCUUUGACAGUGAGGACAAAGUGAAGCUGUCAGCAUGUGGCGUGUAUUACAUGACAGAUUAUGGUGCUACAGUGCGGUUCCCAAUAGGAAAGAUGACCUACAUGAGCCCAGAGGUGUUCAGCUUUGGCCCAGUGAAGAUAGAUGAUGACACAGAGUUGUCUACUCUGCCCUCCUCCAGCCCAAAAGUGGACGUGUGGUCUCUUGGAUGUAUCCUGCUGGAGCUUGUUACAGGGAAGCAACUGUGGAAAGAUUCUUCAUUGCAGAAUAUUAUCAAAAAAGUUACAACUCUUGCAAAGAAUGAGGAUGAUGCUUUCAACUUCUUUGUACAAGAAAUACAGUGCGAAAAUGAAAUAAAGGGAUUGAAGGAAUCAACUUUACAACUACUGAGGCUUUGUUUAACAGUGUAUCCAAAAAAUAGGCCAGCUCCCUGCGAGUUAUUGCAGCACGAGUCUUUUGUGCAGUGUAAUCUGAAACAGGAGAUGCCAAAGAAUGGAUACCACAUGUUUUCUACAGAGCUAAGAUGUCGCUAUCUAGAACUGCCUGUACUAUCUGAUGGUGAUAAAGAUGAAGUUGUGGACUACCUUUCGGAGCGCAGCAUGGAGGAGGUCUACUAUCUGUGGAAGCUGGCAGGCGGGGAUCUGGGGGCCGUCCUCAAGAAAGUGGGCAUGAUCAAGGCUAAACCGUCCGUCACCAUCCUGCCCAUCCUGACCCUGGAUAGCGGUGACGUCCUCGGGGAGGGUCGUGACCAGGCGGAGCUCUGGGACACCAGGGUGGUGCUGCUGUCCCUCGACCAGCUCAGACAGAGGUUGUCAGACAUGGAUGGAAAAGCGUACUAUCCUCUUCUUGAAAAUGAAAAUAGCUCUCGUGACGCCAUUCCUACAUCGCUUAGCAACGCCGACCUUGCAAAUACUGCCAAUCUUCCGCUUGUGAUCAAAGAGAAAGACAUAGAACACCAGUUUCACCGAGUGAUUCUGUACGAGCGUCUAAUCAAGGGGUACCCAUACAAACGUAACGACAUCCUACGGGAGGCCAGGGUGGACAUACCUCCGCUGUUCAGACACCUCGUGUGGGCGGCCAUUCUAGAUGUCAAGGGAGAUAUACAAGCAGAAUAUGAAAGUAUUGAUAAGGAAACACCAACGGGUACUGAUCGUCAGAUCGCAGUGGACAUUCCGCGCUGUCACCAGUACCAUGAACUGCUUGCGUCCCCAACUGCGCACGCUAAAUUCAAGCGAGUCCUUAAGGCAUGGGUGGUCAGUCAUCCGCAGUAUGUGUACUGGCAGGGGCUCGACUCCCUUUGCGCUCCGUUCCUCGCACUGCAUUUCAACGACGAAGCUCUAGCAUAUUCCUGUAUAAAGGCGUUUAUCCCCAAAUAUUUGUACAACUUCUUCUUAAAAGACAAUUCACCUGUCAUCCAAGAAUACCUGGCCGUGUUUAGUCAUUUGAUAGCAUUCCAUGAUCCUGAGCUGUCCAAUCAUAUGGAAGGGAUUGGAUUCAUACCAGAUUUGUACGCUAUACCAUGGUUCCUGACUAUGUUUGCACAUGUUUUCCCCUUACACAAAGUCUACCAUCUGUGGGAUACUCUGUUGCUGGGGAACUCCUCGUUUCCGCUCUGUGUUGGAGUUGCCAUUCUGCAACAAUUUCAUGACCGUCUGCUGUCAUUUGGUUUUAACGAGUGUAUAUUGUUGUUUUCCGAUAUGCCAGAGAUCGACAUUCAGCAGUGUGUUAAAGACUCCAUUCAGAUUUUCUGCAGGACACCCAAGAGCGCAACUUAUCGCCAACAUGCCCGCCCUGUUGCGAAAAAAGCCGAUGAAACGCCGAAUGCGUCUUAUUACUCACGUGACUACAACGACCAGGCUUCAAAUGAGUUGUCGAUGGAACCAUUGUCGUUGGAUGAAUUGAAGUCGGAGAAAGGUCCACGAAUAUCCGCUGAGGACUUGCUGGAACUGGGUGACUACCUUGGUAACGGCGCUCAACGAAGCCCCACGAAGACCACAACCAACGUGAAGCCAAUGCUGCUGGUCAUAGAUGUGAGGAGUCCGGACGAAUUUCGACGAGGUACGAUGCCCGGAAGUAUCAACAUUCCCUUCCAGUCCGCAUUCUCACCGGAAGGUGACCUUGUACCAUGUUCAGCUGUGGCGACACUUAAACAGAACAGAGGUCAAGUGAAGGUCGUGGUGGGAAGUAGGGGCAGAAAUGCUUCUAAUUUUGCCAACGAGUUGGUACGCCUUGGAUAUACACGUGUGUGUACGCUGCAUAAAGGCAUCGAUGUGCUUCGACAAACUGGCAUUCUCACCGUGCCACCGGCUGAUUUGUGAGCAGUAAAAUACAUAUCAUCAGCACUUAAAUUGGCUUUGCUUAGUCAGUUCCAAUUUACUUAAUCAGUUCAUAUGUGUGAAACAUAAACAAUUUGGAGUGGUUAUACGGUUGCAGGGUUCGAUCCCCAUGGACUCUGUUUCGUAUACUUCAACAUACAUGUUUUCUGAAUCAGACAUAAUCAGCCGCAAGAAAAAAACGCGUUUUUUUAAUAUAAACAAUAAUUGUGUUAUCUCUAACUUCGGUAACUGGAAUUCAAUUGUUUUUAAUAGUUUAUUAUGGUAUUAGUAUAGUAAUUCCGGUUCCUUUGACUUGGGUAUAUCUAUAAAUGUUCACCACUAAAGUUUGGCAAAGCGUUUAAAUAGAUCACAACUAAUAGACGAUUGGGAUUCAUUUUUGCGUUAUAAUUCGUGUAUGGCGUUACAUUUAUGACCGCGAAUAUGAAUAUAAGAUGAAAAUAAGGUUGUUCAAGCAUAAGUAGGACUUUACCUAUUUCAAGUGCAUGUAUAUAAAGUAUUUUAUAUGUAUAUGAACGUCUGAUACUAUGUUUAUGUAUAUGUCUUUGACUUGAAUUAUUCACGUCGUGUAUUGUAUUACCAAGUCAUGUGCAAUAAAACUGUUUCAAGUUUUUUA